AAAUAACUGUUUUCUUAGUUUUUUUUAAAUGAUAGUUUAUUGUGCUUUAACUAAUGAACGGUUUUAGUUGAUGAAUCCUCUUGCGCGUGCGUUCAUUACCGAGUCGCGCGCUGACGUCUCCGUCAACACGCACCGGAGGACUGGAGCGUGCUCUGACGUCACUCACGUGCUGUGAGCGUCUCGGUCAGGACGCACCGGAGGACCGGAGCAGCAACAUGGCUGCAGAUUACUGGGAGCCAGAGAGACCCGAGAAUCUGUCGGACUGAACCGAGCCAGAGACGACCCGGGACGGACCGGGACAACCCCGCCCUCCCUGGUGUGGUCUCCAGGCUGGCUGCUCCGCCCCCCUCAGCGUCACUCCCCCCCCUCCCCCCCCUCAUGGAGAGGAUGAGAAAGAUCAAACGGGAACUGUCAUUCACCCUGGGGAGGGGAGGGGCCGGGGGGAGGGGCCGGACGCCGAGCGCCACCGCCAACGAGGAAGUGAAGUCACACAGCGACUCGGAGGUGGCGUCUCUUCGCGGUUCUGCUGGAUGUCUGAAGGCUCGAGCUUCGUCUUCAUCGGUUCAGUCUCUUCUUCAGUCGUACAGCAGCUCUCUGAGGAAACCUGGAGGCCAACCUGGAGGCCUCGGCCGCAGCCUGAGCUCCUACCUGAACCACACGGCCCGCCUGGACGACCCCGUACAGUACACCGCUGAACCGACCCUGCCUGUGACCACACUACUGUCUACUGUGACCUAUGUCUCUAGACUUUGUCUGUCCCUGAGUGAAGUUCUUCUUCGUGUGUUUCAGGACAUUAAUAAACGUCUCUCGUUACCGGCCGACAUUCGUCUUCCGGAGGGUUAUCUGGAGAAGUUUAACCUGAUUGGUCCUGCUCUGUUCGACCAGCCAAUCAGCAGACGGCUGCGUCGAGUGUCUCUGUCAGAGAUCGGUUUUGGGAAACUGGAGACGUACAUCAAGCUGGACAAGCUGGGAGAGGGGACCUACGCUACCGUGUAUAAAGGUCGCAGUAAACUGACCGAGAACCUGGUGGCCUUGAAGGAGAUUCGAUUGGAACAUGAAGAAGGAGCUCCGUGUACGGCCAUCAGAGAAGUGUCUCUGUUAAAGGAUCUGAAACACGCCAACAUCGUCACGCUUCAUGACAUCAUCCACACAAAGAAGUCCCUCACACUGGUGUUUGAGUAUCUGGACAAAGAUCUGAAACAGUAUCUGGACGACUGUGGAAACGUCAUCAACAUUCACAACGUCAAACUCUUCCUCUUCCAGCUGCUGCGUGGCUUGUCGUACUGCCACCGGAGGAAGGUGCUCCACCGGGACCUGAAGCCCCAGAACCUUCUGAUCAACGAGCGCGGAGAGCUCAAGCUGGCCGACUUCGGUCUCGCACGAGCGAAAUCCAUCCCAACCAAGACGUAUUCUAACGAGGUGGUGACGCUCUGGUACCGACCGCCAGACAUCCUGCUGGGCAGCACCAACUACUCCACUCAUAUCGACAUGUGGGGUGUGGGUUGUAUCUUCUAUGAGAUGACGACGGGCCGGCCUCUGUUUCCUGGUUCCACAGUGGAGGAGGAGCUUCACUUCAUCUUCAAGCUCCUGGGUACUCCCACAGAGCUGAGCUGGUCUGGGAUCAGUUGCAAUGACGAAUUUGUGUCUCACAACUUUCCUCUCUACCGAGCAGAGAAGCUGAGUAACCACACUCCCAGGCUCGGCGCUGAAGGGGUGGAGCUGCUGUCAAAGUUCCUGCAGUUUGAGGGGAAGAAGCGGAUUUCAGCAGCCGAGUCCAUGACUCUUCCUUACUUCAGUGACCUUGGAAACAAUGUGAUGACGCUUCUCGACACAACGUCUAUCUUCAGCCUGCCAGAAAUCCAACUGGAAAAAGAAGCAGUCAGACCAACACUCACCUCUGAUCCAGUGAACAGUCCAACCAAGAGGCGUGGCCUGCUACUCUGACAUCAUGGUGGAGGCGUCGCCUGCUACUCUGACAUCAUGGAGGCGGGGUCUGAUCCUCUGACGUCAUCAUGGAGGCGGGGUCUGAUCUUCUGACGUCAUCAUGGCGGCGGGGUCUAAUCUUCUGACGUCAUCAUGGAGGCGGGGUCUAAUCUUCUGACGUCAUCAUGGAGGAGGGGUCUGAUCUUCUGACGUCAUCAUGGAGGCGGGGUCUGAUCUUCUGACGUCAUCAUGGAGGCGGGGUCUAAUCUUCUGACGUCAUCAUGGAGGCGGGGUCUAAUCUUCUGACGUCAUCAUGGAGGCGGGGUCUAAUCUUCUGACGUCAUCAUGGAGGUGGGGUCUAAUCUUCUGACGUCAUCAUGGAGGCGGGGUCUGAUCUUCUGAUGUCAUCAUGGAGGCGGGGUCUGAUCUUCUGACGUCAUGGAGGAGGAGGGGUCUGAUCUUCUGACGUCAUCAUGGAGGAGGGGUCUGAUCCUCUGACGUCAUCAUGGAGGCGGCUUCAGGAACAACAACAGAGAUGAAAGCAACAGGUGAUUUUUCCUUCUCUGAAGGAGUAAAACAAGAACAGGGAUUAAAACAAAAGAAGAAGAAAUGAUGGUGAAGAAGAGAAGAAGAGAACAAACGGCAGCUUGCUGUUGAUUAAUGCAAUAAUGGAUCACAACAGCCAUCUGACCAAUCGGCUUCAGCUUCACUUCAGGACAUCACGGCUGAUCAGAUGAGGCACAGGCGUUUGAGCAGAUGAUGGAAAUCUGUCUUCCAUUUUCAGAUUCAACACAAAUAACUGACGACUACCUGGAUACAGGUAUCACCUGUGUGACCCAGAGUACACGAAGAACUGCAUCUGUUUUAUUUUGAUAGCAGAACUAAGUUUAGUAUCAGUUCAGACAGGAAGUGCUGCAGACAGGAAGUGCUUCCCACCUGAAUUGACUAAAGUAGCAGGAGAGAAUUGAUGAAGCUUGUUUAGUUUGUGUCUCUUAAUGAUGGGUUUGAACUGUUUGUGUACAGUAUUAUAUUUAUAGUACAGUAUUCUAUUUACAGUACAACAUUUACACUUUGAUGUUAUCUCUUGAAAAACAUACUUUUGUUUGGAAUGGAAAUCUGCAGAAAAGAGUGACUGUUUUAUGAUCGUGAGAAACUGGUUUCUGCCGCUCAGCCUGUAACCAUGGUGACGGAGAGAUGGUUCUCCUCUCAGCCUGUAACCAUGGUGACGGAGAGACGGUUCUCCUCUCAGCCUGUAACCAUGGUGACGGAGAGACGGUUCUCCUCUGUCUGUAACCAUGGUGACAGAGACGGUUCUCCUCUGUCUGUAACCAUGGUGACAGAGACGGUUCUCCUCUCAGCCUGUAACCAUGGUGACGGAGAGACGGUUCUCCUCUCAGCCUGUAACCAUGGUGACAGAGACGGUUCUCCUCUGUCUGUAACCAUGGUGACAGAGAGACGGUUCUCCUCUCAGCCUGUAACCAUGGUGACGGAGAGACGGUUCUCCUCUGCCUGUAACCAUGGUGACGGAGAGACGGUUCUCCUCUGCCUGUAACCAUGGUGACAGAGAGACGGUUCUCCUCUCAGCCUGUAACCAUGGUGACGGAGAGACGGUUCUCCUCUGCCUGUAACCAUGGUGACGGAGGCAGUUCUCCUCUGCCUGUAACCAUGGUGACGGAGAGACGGUUCUCCUCUGCCUGUAACCAUGGUGACGGAGAGACGGUUCUCCUCUGCCUGUAACCAUGGUGACGGAGAGACGGUUCUCCUCUGCCUGUAACCAUGGUGACGGAGAGAUGGUUCUCUUCUCAGCCUGCAGUGAACAGCUGUGAGCGCUUUGCUUCAUGCACAUCGACUUUUAUUCAGAGCCUCGGGAACAUCCACUUAUCUGAGAUGGGGCGGGGCUUAUCUGAGAUGGGGCGGGGCUUCAGAGUGUCGAGAUCAAAUAUAAGACGGUCAGUUAGUUUUGAGAUGCUUUAGAAACAGGAAGUGCUUGUUAGUCUAGUUCACAGGAAGCGUCGCCCAUGUUUCUAGACAAGUCGUGUAAUACCUGAGGCUGCUCUGAGACGGGGGCGGGGCUUCUAUCGUACACUGGGGGCGGGGCUUUGCCGGCAGGGUGGAGGAGCUUCUCAGGAUUGUUGUUUAGAAACACGAAGAACUUUUGAUGCUGAUUUAUUUUUUAAUAUUUGCAAUAGAGAAAUAUUGAUCGGAGGACGACGGUGAUUGAUCAGUAAAUAAUCGGGGGAUCAAUGAGUUAAUAAUCGGGUGAUGAUAAAAAUAAAUAAAUAAAUAUACACUUUUAUUAAUCCCCAAGGGGAAAUUAGUUCUCUGCAUUUAACCCAUCCUCAGUUAUUAAGGAGCAGUGGGCUGCGGUGAAGCGCCCGGGAAGCAACUGGGGGUUCAGUGCCUUGCUCAAGGACACUUCAACUUGCAACUAAUGGGGAGAGCGGGGAUCGAACCCACAACCCUGCGGUUGCAGGACGGCCCUCUUACCCCACUGAGCUACAGCCGCCCCAAAAACAACAAAUCAAUCCAUUAGUGGAUUGAUUUGUUGCUACGUCGUCGAACUCUUUGAUCCAACUGAAGCGUUUGAUUCCUAAUCUGAGAGGAAACGUUCCCAGAGUGAUGGAAUUAUAUAAUCCUAGAGAAUAUAAACGAAGGUUACAGCGUGAACGAUUUAGUGUUUCAUUUAUUUAAUUAUCCAGGUUUGUGACUAAAGAUCUUCUGUUGCUCGGCAUGAAAAUAUUAUAAUUAUAACCGCUGGAGAAGGAAAUCAGAGACGGGAUGUCACAGGGGGGGGGCGGGGUCACGGAGGGACGGGAUCACGGAGGUGGGGUCACAGGGGCGGGGUCACAGGGUCACGGGGGGCGGAGUCACAGUGAAAUAAAUGUCCCCUUGAGACAAAUGUCCCGCGGUUCCGGUUCAGCCUCAUGAAGUAAAGACAGAAGAAUCCUUUCCUACGUUUUGAAUUGUUCAAAUGUCUCGUUAGCUAACUCGCGGAUCUGAAUAAAGACUCAUUCAGCUCUGAGGGGACCGGUUGGCUUGGAGUCCACGUGGAUCAGAUGCUGUUUCUUCUGUCUAGGUUCUGGUUUGUAGUCCAUGUGGAUCAGAUGUUUCCUCUGGUUUGUAGUCCAUGUGGAUCAGAUGUUUCCUCUGGUUUGUAGUCCAUGUGGAUCCAGAUGUUUCCUCUGGUUUGUAGUCCAUGUGGAUCCAGAUGUUUCCUCUGGUUUGUAGUCCAUGUGGAUCAGAUGUUUCCUCUGGUUUGUAGUCCAUGUGGAUCCAGAUGUUUCCUCUGGUUUGUAGUCCAUGUGGAUCAGAUGUUUCCUCUGGUUUGUAGUCCAUGUGGAUCCAGAUGUUUCCUCUGGUUUGUAGUCCAUGUGGACCAGAUGUUUCCUCUGGUUUGUAGUCCAUGUGGAUCAGAUGCCGGUUCCUCUGUGGAAACCAAAGUUCUCUGCAAUAUUCUGCAUGAUGGGAUUCUUCCAGAACUUCUCCGCCUCCUUCCCUCUGCGUGACGUAUCUGACGCUAUAACGGAUCUGCUACUUGAAAUAUCAAAGCAAGUCUGGAAAAUGAAUUAUAUCCUUUUACUUUGUUCACAUGUAUUCUGGAUAUGUUUACAGUCUAUAAAUAUACAUUAAAAGUCUUUAUUUAUUAUCA